CGCGACUGUAGAUCACACAGUUUUACUGAGCCGUAUCACCGAAUAGGCCCGAUCUACGGCCGUAGAUGGAAAAGCUUGCAGAAUUCCUGAAGGAGUGAGUGUACUGCACAUAACUGGCUACUUCCAAGUUACUUUUUACAACCGAGUACGGUACCACUACUACUACUACUACUCAACUCAUGUUGUAGUAGGUACCUAGGAAGUACUCCGUACCUUUCCUACAUUUCCGACGGGAGUUGAACAUUCCAAUGCCUUGCCUAAUCGGGGAUCGGCCGGAAGGUCGGCAGAAUUCACCGAUUGCCGGCCGAACUCAACUUCAACUCCCCCCAAACCAGACCAGACAUGAACCACUCAAAAAAACUAUCAGCCACGUACAUGACGAUCGUCGAUCGAUUUCAAGUUUCUCUAACCUCUUUGGAUCACUACUUCUGUCUCGUCAUGACUGAUGAACCGUAGAAAACACAGCAGAACGACCGAUGAGGUCGAGAUCUCCAAGCGGCCGAAAUUCAUCGCAUGCCAGCGUUGCCAUUCACAUAAGAUUAAAUGCUCAGGGGGCCAGCCGUGUCUCAAAUGCCGGCAGGUCGGCUGUGCCGAUGAAUGCGAGUACACGCCUCGCGAUCGACAGGUGAAAGUAAGCGAAAGCUUCUUGCAACGCCUGCUAGCGGAGAAUCAGCGUCUGCGCGAACAGCCCCGAGCGCCGGACCAUCCGACCGAUGCGGAUCCAGAGGGGGGCGGCGUCUCGGGGCGCGGCCCGUCACGAGUGCCGGCAGAAGCUCCGGACCUGGAAACUGGGAAUCCCAACAACGUGCGCAAUCCCUUAAUCGGGGAUCGGGCCUGGUUCCAUCCAUACGAUCCCUCUGCGCCGCCUAUCUUCAUUGGGGAGGCCGCCUGCACCGCCUUUGCGACGCGCUUCCGGCGCUUCUUGACGGGGAGUAACGCCACGGCCCACAUCCCGCGCACCCAGUACGUCCACGAUGAGAGCAUCAGUGCGGCCACCGCGGGGGAGAUUGGCUGGCCGAGUCUGCAGCAGGCCCGGCUGUUGCUGAAGAUCGCCCUGCGGCAGAUUGGGUUCAUUUACCAUCUGGUCCUGCGCAAAUCGACCUCGGAGAAGCUCGAGGAGAUCUACCAGACGGGCGACUUUGAGUCCAAGGUCCAUCAGUGCAAGUUCUUCGCGCUCUUUGCCUUUGGCGAGGCAUACUCCAUGCGAAAUGAGCCGUCCUCGGGGUCGCGGGUGCCAGGGACUAAGUAUUUCGCUCGUGCGCUCAGCCUCGUGCAAGUGCUGCCGGAGCGGACGAGCAUCGCCCAUUUGGAGACGCUCUUGUUGUUGUCCUUGUUCUCCUAUUACUUGAACCGCAGGCAUUCAGCCUACGUGCUGAUCGGCAGCGCGAUGCGGCUGGGGUUGACGAUUGGUCUGAACCACAACAUUCCCGAAUCGCAGUUGAUCGACCCGGUGGAACGGCAGCACCGCGUGCGGAUCUGGUGGACAAUUUACAUCUUCGAUCGCAUGUGGGGCUCGAAGAUGGGAGUGCCGUCCCAGAUCCUGGAUGAUGACAUUCACCUGGACAUGCCGUCGACGAUCACCCCGAUCGCGUUGCACGAUGAGCAGUUCUCGGACACGGAAUACUUGAAGGCGAACAUCAGCCUGGCGCGGAUCGUCGGCGAGACGAUUGCCAAACUGUACAGUCGACGCAAGUACAGCGAGACGUUUCUGCAGCGCGUGCAGAAGUUGUUGAAAGCGCUGAAGAACUGGGUGGAAACGCUGCCGGAGCAUCUGCGGCUGAACCAAGAGGAGCCGGAAACGAGCCGGACACCGGUCGGAUCGUUGCAUUUAUCCUUCAACCAGUGUGUCAUCAUCACCACGCGCCCCACCCUCCUCCACAUUCUCAUCAAGCUCAGCGAGCCCGAGUCGGAGGAGAUCUCGCAGCCCGUGCUCACGCUGGGGGAGGCAUGCGUCCACGCCGCCCGCCACACGCACUCCAUCAUCCUAACGCGCUGGAUUAACGGGUCCAUGCCCACGUUCGGCUACUUCCACGCGCACUACCUGUUCUCGUCCGCCCUGGUGCUCGUCAUGUCCAGCUUCACGCCCAUGGGGAGCGCCGCCGACAUGAACUCGUUCGAGACCGGGCUGGAGGUGCUGCGCUCGAUGAGCGAGAACGGGAACCUGGCGGCGUCGGAGUUCUACCAGCACCUCAAGGUGGUGAACGAGUGUCUGGGCCGGUAUCUGAGCGACCGCCGACGCAGCCAGAACGCGGCGGCGGCGGCGAUCGGGCCCGGGGUGGCGGAUGCGGUGGUGUCAACGACGGUUGAUGGACCGGGGGUCGAGGAGUUCUUGCCCGUGGAGCUGCGGGACAGCAGUGGGGGGUUCACGACGGCGAUGGCGUUCAUGGAACCGACGAUGCAGGACUUUCUGGCGCAGAGUGAUUUCGAUCUGGGCAUGCUGCAGGUGGAUACGUAUCUGAAUGAGGGCGGGUAUGAGGGGAUGACCAGUAGUCAUUAAACCUGUCUGUUGACGCCAAAAGCGGCGAUGCGAGAUGGCAGGCUUCUGGGGAUUAUACUGCAGAUCUAAUAAUAUGGUCAUACGCGGAAGAAAUCCGACCGAAGAAACCCUGAGGAGCUUCCUUCGAGUCGGUGGCCACAUUACGGCCCAACGCGCUGCCAAACAAGAAUAAAUAAAAUCAAACAAGCCU